AAUGCUGAAAAUAACUCCAACGCUCUCAGAACAGUGGCACCACCCAGCAGCUGGGAUUCUUUCCCUCUCUUAUUUGCCUUCUUUUUUCCUUUUUUUCCUUCAGACACUUGGAUUGGACUUAAUCUUAAACCUCUGGAGUUCAAGACCUUUUAAAAAGGGCUAAAUAAACAAUCUCUACAUGUAAAAGGCCACUGACUCCUACUUCCUCUGUUUAGAGCAACUGUUGAGCCCAGCUGCCUGUAGUGAAGACAAGCGGGGGCCGCGAACGAUUUCCAGGAAAACUGAAGAUUUUAAUAACAAACCCUCCAAGGUCAAAAUGAAUACAGAUAGCGGUGGGUGUGUUCGCAAACGUGCUGCCAUGUCUGUUACAUUAACAUCUGUGAAGAGAGUUCAAAGUUCUCCAAACCUAUUGACUGCAGGACGUGAUUCUCAGUCACCAGACUCAGCUUGGAGCUCUUACAAUGAUCGAAAUCAAGAGACAUUGAACGGCGAUGCUACAUAUUCCUCUCUUGCAGCAAAAGGUUUUAGAAGCGUUCGACCAAAUUUACAAGAAAAAAAGUCACCAACUCAGAGCCAGAUAACAGUGAAUGGAAACUCAGGAGGUGCUGUGAGCCCAAUGAGUUACUAUCAAAGGCCGUUCUCCCCUUCAGCUUACUCUCUCCCAGGCUCGCUCAAUUCAAGCAUUAUCAUGCAGCAUGGCCGGUCACUUGAUUCCACAGAGACCUAUCCCCAGCACGCGCAGUCCCUGGACGGCACCAUGGGCAGCUCCAUCCCGCUAUACAGAUCUUCCGAGGAAGAGAAGAGGGUGACGGUCAUCAAAGCCCCGCACUACCCAGGGAUCGGGCCCGUGGACGAAUCCGGAAUCCCCACAGCAAUUAGAACGACAGUUGACAGACCGAAGGACUGGUACAAGACGAUGUUCAAGCAGAUCCACAUGGUACACAAGCCGGAUGAUGACACAGACAUGUAUAAUACUCCUUAUACAUAUAAUGCAGGCCUGUACAACUCACCUUACAGUGCUCAGUCACAUCCUGCUGCAAAGACCCAGACCUAUAGACCUCUGUCCAAGAGCCACUCUGACAACGGCACCGAUGUCUUUAAGGAUGCAUCCCCCCCUAUUCCUCCCCCACACGUUCCUCCUCCAGUUCCACCACUUCGACCAAGAGAUCGAUCUUCGACAGAAAAGCAUGACUGGGAUCCUCCAGACAGAAAAGUGGACACAAGAAAAUUUCGUUCUGAGCCGAGGAGUAUUUUUGAAUAUGAACCUGGGAAGUCAUCAAUUCUGCAGCACGAAAGACCAGCCUCCUUGUAUCAAUCUUCCAUAGACAGAAGCCUAGAAAGACCCACUAGUGCCAUGAGCAUGGCCAGUGACUUCAGGAAAAGGAGGAAGAGCGAGCCUGCAGUGGGGCAGCCGAGGGGCCUGGAUCAAAGUGCACGCAGGACCGGCCCCGACCGAGCGGACCUCCCAGGGUCAGGCGCCACCCUGACCAAGUCCUUCAUAAGUUCCUCCCCAUCUUCCCCAUCAAGAACAAAAGGUGGGGAUGAUAUGUGUCCAUCCCUUUACAGUUACUCAGGGCUCCACGGCAACCCCUCCAAUGAGUUAGAUUACUGUAAUGCUUACAAGAGACAGCAUUUGGAUGUCCCUCGUGACUCACAGAGGGCCAUCACGUUCAAGAAUGGCUGGCAGAUGGCCCGACAGAAUGCAGAGGUCUGGAGCAGCACUGAAGAGACAGUUUCCCCCAAAAUCAAAUCCCGUAGCUGUGAUGAUCUCCUAAAUGACGACUGUGACAGUUUCCCUGACCCAAAAGCCAAGUCAGAAAGUAUGGGCUCCCUCCUGUGUGAAGAGGAUUCCAAGGAAAGCUGCCCUGAGGUCUGGGCGUCCCCCUACAUCCAGGAAGGCCGCGGUAAUGGCAGGUCGAGGCUCCGACACAGGUCAGCCCAUGACGCCCCAGGGUUCCUAAAAAUGUACAAGAAAAUGCACCGCAUUAACCGCAAGGAUUUGAUGAAUUCCGAGGUGAUUUGUUCCGUGAAGUCGAGAAUCAUGCAGUACGAAAAGGAACAGCAGCACAGGGGCCUGCUCCAUGGCUGGAGUCAGUCAUCCACUGAGGAGGUGCCCAGGGACAUGGUCCCCACUCGCAUUUCUGAAUUUGAAAAGUUGAUUCAAAAGUCAAAAUCCAUGCCAAAUUUAGGAGAUGAUAUGUUAUCUCCUAUAACCCUAGAACCUCAACAAAACGGUUUAUGUCCCAAAAGGCGGUUUUCCAUUGAGUCUCUGCUGGAGGAAGAAAACCAGGGCAGACAUCCUUCCCAUGUACAACGAAGCUACGAGCCUAAAGCCCUGGUGCCAAUUCAUAUCGAAGUCACCAGUGACGAGCAACCGAGAACUCACAUGGAGUUUUCCGACAGUGACCAAGAUGGAGUUGUAUCUGACCACAGUGAUUACAUCCACGUGGAAGGAUCAUCCUUUUGCAGUGAGAGUGAUUUUGAUCACUUUUCUUUCACAUCUUCUGAAAGUUUUUAUGGAUCCAGCCACCACCACCACCACCAUCACCACCACCACCACCGGCACCUCAUCAGCUCCUGCAAAGGCAGAUGCCCAGCCUCCUACACUCGAUUUACCACCAUGCUGAAACACGAAAGAGCUAAACACGAAAAUGCUGAGGAGCCCAGAAGGCAGGAAAUGGACCCUGGCCUUUCUAAACUUGCAUUUCUAGUCAGUCCCGUGCCUUUCCGGAGGAAAAAGAGUUCGACUCCCAAAAAGCAGACUGACAAGGCAAAAUGUAAAGCGUCUGUAUUUGAGGCUCUGGACUCUGCCCUUAAAGACAUCUGUGACCAAAUUAAAGCUGAAAAGAGACGGGGAAGUUUGCCAGACAACAGUAUCUUGCACCGUCUUAUCAGUGAACUGCUGCCAGAUAUUCCUGAGAGGAACUCAUCACUUAAAGCUAUAAAAAGGAGCCCCAUGCACCAGCCUUUCCACCCACUGCCUCAAGAUGGUGCUAUUCAUUGUCCAUUGUACCAGAACGAUUGUGGGAGAAUGCCUCACAGUGCCUCUUUCCAAGAUGUGGACACCACCACCACCAACUACCACCACCAAGACCAUGAGGGUGCACGGAGUCUCCAAGACCACGAGUCCCCUAGAAGUUAUUCAUCCACUAUGACUGACGUGGGGAGAAGCGCAUCGAGGGAAAGAAGAGGAACUCCAGAAAAAGAGAAACUGCCUGCAAAAGCUGUUUACGAUUUUAAAGCCCAGACAUCUAAGGAGCUGUCAUUUAAGAAAGGAGAUACUGUCUACAUCCUCAGGAAAAUCGAUCAAAAUUGGUAUGAGGGAGAGCACCACGGGAGAGUGGGCAUUUUUCCCAUCUCAUACGUGGAGAAACUCACACCUCCUGAGAAAGCACAGCCUGCAAGACCGCCACCCCCGGCCCAGCCUGGAGAAAUCGGAGAAGCUAUAGCCAAAUACAAUUUCAAUGCUGACACAAAUGUGGAGCUAUCGCUGAGAAAGGGAGAUAGAGUUAUUCUUCUUAAAAGAGUUGAUCAAAACUGGUAUGAAGGUAAAAUCCCAGGAACCAGCAGACAAGGCAUCUUCCCUGUUUCCUAUGUAGAAGUUGUCAAGAAGAAUACAACCAAAGGUGCUGAGGACUAUCCUGACCCUCCAAUACCCCACAGCUAUUCUAGUGAUAGAAUCCACAGCUUAAGUUCAAAUAAGCCACAGCGUCCUGUGUUUACUCAUGAAAACAUUCAAGGUGGGGGGGAACCGUUUCAGGCUCUAUAUAACUAUACUCCUAGGAAUGAAGAUGAGCUGGAGCUCAGAGAAAGCGAUGUCAUUGACGUGAUGGAGAAGUGUGACGAUGGAUGGUUUGUGGGAACCUCGAGAAGAACCAAAUUCUUUGGUACUUUUCCCGGAAACUAUGUCAAGCGGCUGUGAAUCAUUCUCCCUCCUUUUUAUGCCGCAUUUCAGCACCAGGUCUGCAUAACCUUGCCUGAAAGAUACCCUCAGGCCUCCUCUUCCCUCCUGGGGUCCUGCCUUCCAAUUUCCAGUAGAAGUCACCCAUCGUCACCAUCUCUACCUGCCACCAAACCACCAGCAAAGGAACUGCCUGCCGCCCAGCCCUGGGGAGGCUGGAAGACUUGCUUCCACGUGAAAGUGCAUAUUCCUGAUUUCUGCUCUAAACUUUGAAAAGUCGAUACAUGAGAUCAGAAAGAAAAUCAUUAUAGUUAGAAAGGGUUAAGUGUUUGAGGGCGGAAAAAAAAAAAGGAAAUGUCUCCAGGAGACUCUCUAGUACGCUUUGAAAGAAAUUCUCCCCUCAGGCAACCAGAGAUUGAACAUCACUAAAUGCUGUGGUUUGCAUUUUCGCAUCCUUAGCUUGGCAGUAUAUUUUUCCUUUCACGAGUUUGCCUAGUGUCCUGGUUUACACGACAUGAAAACUGUACUUCGGCUAUCGUUUGCCUGCACUUAUAUCUUGUAAUACGCACAGUGAUUACAAAAUCGAAAGCAAGAGUAGGAAAGUUAAUUUGGAUGAGUGUGAUUUUGUUGACUGAAUGUGAGUUUUCAAAUAGGAGUCUUUACCUGCAGUUUCUUCUGUACUUUCUAGAAGUGCAAACCGUAAGUGAAUAAGAGCCUUUGGUAAUAAUCAUGAGACUAUAAGAGGUUUAGCUAGACUACAAAAAAAAAAAAAACCUAUUGUGUUGUAAAGUUGCAUUGCUAUUUUAUAUUAAAAUGUAAUAAUCAGCAUCAUGAACAAUGAGCUCUUAGUGUUUUAUUUAUCUGGUAAAAUUUUAAUAAAAACAGUGUUAGUGAGAGGUGCAAAGAAUUAUUCUAAUGUAGACACUUGAAAGUAUCUGUAAGCAAUACUCAUAGGUAAGAUUUCACUGUGUGCACACAUAUACAUUUGAGAUUGUGUGAGAACAGACAAUCUGUAUGGUAUGUUGUACAUUUUAUGGAAAUGUAAAGGAAUCCCAUGCAUUAUUUUAUAGAAAUAGAGUACUUCAGAAGCAUCACAAGUAUGAAGGCUGGUUUUAGCAAGGAUUAUGAUCAAUACAGUUAUUUUUACUAUGAUAAUUAUUUUUCUUCUAUGGAACUCAGAAUCCUGGCUACAUUUGAGGACAGGAAUAUGUUGAGCCUGAUUUUCCUGGUGUGUGUAAAAUAUUUCCUCGGAAUACAUUAGGCACUUUUUAGAGGCAAUGUUAAAUCAUUCAGGUUAUAUUUUCUGCUCUCAAGUAGAAAUUUACAAAAUGGUUUAGGGACUUGAAAGAUUUAAUAUGGUCAACAGUGCCUGAAUUACACAUAACUUGAGAACUAGCUUUGUAUUUCUUAUGACUUUGCAUAAGAACUAUUCAUAUUUGGAUCUUGAGCACCUUAUAGAUAAACCUUUUUAUGGCGUUUCUUCUGUGGACAGUGAUUGAUCUUUUCACAAUGUACGUAGACCCUAGCAUUUUGUACAUAUGUUUGCUCUUUUUUUGUACAGACUAUUUAGUUGUUGAGAAAAUGGGAAUUUCCUAAUUUGGUCUUUAUCCUUCACUUUAAACCAAGCUAAAACACUUUCAACAGAUUAUCCUUCACAUAUCCCACGGAUCACAAUCACACCUUGAUUGCGCAGUUCUGUAAGAUAGCAUUUAUGCAAAAGUUUAUGAACUUACAAGAUCUUAGCAGCCAAACUGAAAUGUACAUAAAUACUGAUUACAGAGGAAUUUCAUUAGAAAGAAGGUAAAGAAACAUCUUUGAGUAGACUACCUUGAUUACUGUCAAAUUCACAACCAGCUUUAUAUUUUAAAGGCUUUGGGGUUGAAACUGAGUCAACUGCAUGCAGCUUUGCUGAUAAAUGAAUAAUUAUCUUUGAUGCCAUUUAUGAGAAAAGAUUUCAAUAUCUGUUGCCUGUCAUAUUUAAGAAAAAUUACUGUUUCUACUCUCUGUAUCUGAUUUUAAAAGGAAAAAUAUUCAUACCUGGCUUUCAGGUAAUUGACUUUGAAUUCUUACAAGCGAAGGUCAUUGUGUUUUUCUUGAAUAGACAUCUAAUAAAUUUUGCUUGGAAGUAUACUUCAGUUUUUCUUUUUGACAUUUAUCGGUAAGAAAAUUGUGUAGUUUACCCCCAGUUCCUUCCA